GGGAGGGGGCGGGCCCUUCCUCCGUGGUGGGGGGAGACGGGGGAGGGGGCGGGGGCCCAUGUGACCGGCUCAGACCGGUUCUGGAGACAAAAGGGGCCGCAGCGGCCGGAGCGGGACGGGCCAGCGCUGGAGGGAGCGCAGCGUCGCGGGCAGCGAGCGAGAUGCAGCACCGAGGCUUCCUCCUCCUCCUCGCCCUCCUCACCCUGCUGCUGGCGCUCACCUCGGCGGCGGCCAAAAAGAAAGACAAAGUGAAGAAGGGCGGCCCGGGCGGCGAGUGCGCCGAGUGGACCUGGGGGCCCUGCGUCCCGAGCAGCAAGGACUGCGGCGCGGGCUUCCGCGAAGGGACCUGCGGCGCCCAGACCCAGCGCCUGCGGUGCCGGGUGCCGUGCAACUGGAAGAAGGAGUUCGGAGCCGACUGCAAGUACAAGUUCGAGAGCUGGGGGGCGUGUGAUGGCAGCUCGGGCACCAAAGCCCGCCAGGGCACCCUGAAGAAGGCGCGGUACAAUGCCCAGUGCCAGGAGACCAUCCGCGUAACCAAGCCCUGCACCCCCAAGACCAAAGCCAAAGCCAAAGCCAAGAAAGGGAAGGGAAAGGACUAGAGGCCUGGCCCCCGUCCUCCCUCUCCCCCGGCCCCAGAGGAACCCACCAGUGCCUUUUGUGACUCUUCAGCUUUAUCAAUCAUGCCCUUUCCUCUCCCCCUCCCCCCAAGUGCCCAGAGUGGAAAGGGACAAGGGAUUCUGGCAUCUUGAGCCUCCUCCAAAGGGAGAGUUUGAUUCCCAUUCCCCUAUUUUCUUACCCACAAUGAUGCCAUUGCUAAAAAAAAAAACAAAAAAAAAAAACCUAAAAACAAAUAAAACUCAUUUUCUCCC